AUGGACGAUUUUGACUCUGUACUUGUAGACUGUCUGCCCUAUAUUGAUCCUGACUAUGACCCAGCCAUUGUUGAUGCUCUUGUCAAUGCAGAGCUCCAAUCAAGUCGUAUACCUCGACCCACUUUAGAUCUAAUAAAACUAAACGAAACAGAACUAUUUAAGGACCAUCCAGCAUUGGCAGGGCUUUUAGAUCAAGUUGCAGCGGGUAUCAAGAUGCAAGCUAUUGAUACCACGAGAUUCCGUUUGGAGGCUCCAACUGAUGAGAACGAGUGGGAUGCAGCUGUAAAUAAUGCCCGUGCACAACUCGAGCAUCAAAGCCAGCGACUAGUCAAUUUGGAGUUAGUGACGAGAAUGGGUGCCAAUGCGUGGCGAAUCCACAACUAUCAACUCGAGGCAGCAAUAAAGAAUAUGAAAUCGCAGUUGGAAUUGUGCAAUGAACGGAUCGAGGCAGUAAACAAGAUUCGUAAAGCUGAUCAGAUGCAAGCACAACCUACUCUUCGAGCACUAUCAGAACGCUGGACUGAACUGAUUCAAAGUACAAUUGCUGUUCGCAUGGAAAACCAGAGACUAGAUGCCCAGAUUAAACAGUUGCAAUCACAAGCACCAUCUAAAUAA